CGACACGAACCUCGAACAAACGACUGAAACAAAAAAAAAAAUAAAAGUUUUUAAAAUUUAAAUAACUUUGGAUAUUAGUAACUUAAAACACAAAAAAAAAUAAAAAGAAAACAAUUGAUUAAUAAAAUAAUAAAAUUUUAAUAUUCCCAAAUUUCUCCGUGAAACAGGGUGACUUUUCUACAUAACCUCCUAACAGCUUAAUUUGCUGUUAUUACCUAAUAAAUAAAUUUAAUUAAAUCGAUUUGAAAACAGAAAACACAACAGCAACCAUGGUUGUAAAUUUUAAAGUUUUCAAAAAAUGCUCCCCAAAUUCAAAAGUCACCUUGUACAUGGGACGACGAGAAUUCGUUGAUUCUGUGACCGUUAUUGAACCUGUUGAUGGAAUUGUCGUCCUUGAUGAUGAGUACAUCAAACAAAACCGCAAGGUUUUCGUCCAACUUCUAUGUAACUUCCGAUAUGGACGCGAGGAAGACGAAAUGAUGGGCCUUAACUUCCAAAAGGAACUAACUUUGGCCUCAAUGCAGGUUUACCCUCAGCAAAAGAUUGACAUGAACCUAACCAAGUUGCAGGAUCGUCUCCUGCCCAAGUUGGGUUCAAAUGCCUUUCCUUUUGUCCUAGCAAUGCCACUUAGCUCACCAGCAUCAGUGGUCUUGCAGCAAAAGGCCAGCGAAGAGGGACAACCCUGUGGAGUCCAAUACUUUGUUAAAGUUUUUACUGGUGAUUCUGAAUGUGAUCGGUCUCAUCGGCGUAGUACGGUUAACUUGGCCAUUCGCAAGGUGCAAUAUGCUCCAACUAAGCCAGGUAUUCAACCAUGCACGGUGGUGAGGAAGGAUUUCCUCUUGUCACCUGGAGAAUUGGAGUUAGAAGUUACAUUGGAUAAGCAGUUGUAUCAUCAUGGGGAGCGUAUGGCCAUUAAUGUUUGUGUUAGAAAUAAUUCGAACAAGGUGGUCAAGAAAAUCAAAGCUAUGGUACAACAAGGCGUCGAUGUGGUGCUUUUCCAAAACGGCCAAUUCAGGAAUACAAUUGCUUUUGUUGAAACUAGUGAAGGUUGUCCCAUACAACCAGGUUCAAGCCUACAAAAAGUGAUGUAUAUGGUUCCAAAUUUGGCUGCAAAUAUCGAACGGUCAGGAAUUGCCAUUGAAGGUGAUGUUAAGCGCAAAGAAGUUGUAUUAGCCUCAACAACUUUACUGGCUGCCCAAGAAAGCAGGGAUGCAUUCGGAAUCAUUGUUUCGUAUGCAGUGAAAGUUAAACUUUUCCUUGGCGCUUUGGGUGGAGAACUUUGCGCUGAAUUGCCAUUUAUAUUGAUGCAUCCAAAGCCAAGUCGUAAGCAGGAGGAAGCCAAUGCUGAACCAAUGUCUGAGAAAAACAUCAUUUAAACCAAAAAUUAUUAAAAAAAAAAAUAUUAAAAUUAGAA